AUGGCACAGCAGGAGCUGGAGAAGAGAGACCUCUCAGAAUUAACUGCCAUCUGCGAAGAUCUUCCCAAACAAUACGCCAGUGUUGACCCAGGCUGCUCUGCACCACGGAAGAGCGCGGCGCGGCAACAGCAACGCUUCUCCACAAUUACCUGCGCCCUUUUCACUCACUUCGAUACGUCACUCGACCUCGACGUAAUCCGGUCAUUGGUACUGAAGCAGCUUGUCACUAUACGAGUUCAUCUAGAGUUCGCUGCUUUGCAUGACACAGAUUUUCGUGGUACAUCGGAGGUUUUGAAUUCACUCAAAGAUAUCCAGGGGAGGAAGUGGAUCCAGAAACUAGAAGGAAUACCUUCUGAGGUGUUAGACGCGGUCAAAUGCACCAUGGAUAGACUGGACGAGCUUGGAAAGGCGAUUCGACAAGAUCCGGAUCCUGAAGUGCCAACAGACACCCCAGCCCAGAUGCGAUUCACAAAUAUGGGCAACGACUCGGAUCAGAACAGAAAUCCCUCGGUCCCUGCAGGUAUGAACAGCUCCUUGAUCAAAUACGAUUGGUCUGGAUUCGACAGCAUACAUAAGGAGAUGAUGCACCUGAAUUUCGUCAAAUAUAAAAAGGUAAAUUAA